GAUAGCAAUUCCGCUUUAAUGAUAGUCGACAAGGAUGUAGAUGAUGAGAAACAAAUUGAAUUAGAUGAAGAAGAUAUGAGGAAUACUAAGAGAUCUAGGGAGGAAAGUUCUGAUUCUCAUGGUAGUUACAGAAAUCAUACCCCUAUCAACACCCGUAAUAAUCUUAUUUUCAAUAUGGAUGAGAAUAUGUUAGAGGAUAUUUGUUCGGUCGGAGGUGUUGAUCAUCUUGCUGAAAAUGGGCCAAGAUACCAACAAAAUCAUGAUGUCGAGAGGGAAACAAAGGCAAUUAUUGAUAACAUGGAAGCACAAACUGGAAAGUUGAUUGUCGCGAAUCAACAUGAAGCAUCUGCUAAUCAAACAAAGGGAAUCCGUAUACUUGGUCCAAUAGAAGGUCGACUACUAGUCCGGUUUUGGAAAGACUAGUUAGAGCACUUGGCAAUGGUAGGUGGUUUGAUAACUUCACAAACAACACAAUUUACCAUCUGAUUCCUUAUGUCAGUGACCAUUAUCCUAUCUUGUUAGUUAGCGAUAGAGAGUCUAGUUAAUCUAUGAAACCUUAUAGAUUCAAUAAGUGUUGGUUUCUUGAUUUGGCUUGUGUUAAUCUAGUAAGACAUAGUUAAAAUGUGGAUAUAAAUGGGUAUUAUGUUUUUAAAUUUGCUAAAUCUCUUUAUAACGU